UAUUUAAUUCAGUUUGGAAUUGAAGUUGCUGACGAAUAGACGCGUUUAAUGGAGCACAGUUCCACAUACUCAGCCAAGGGAUAGUUUCAAACGAGAGAAUAUGCUGAACGAGCAUUUCCACCAUUAGCUGUGUGUAUUGCUGUGUGACGCCGCUUCCAACACCCGCAGUGCUCUUAGAUGAUUUGUAUCGCUUCCGUGUAUAGCAAUAAAUAAGCGGGAAUAGUUUAAAACGUUGUUGGGUGCUGGGUCGGUCGGUCGUUCGGUCGCGUGCGUGCAAAAUUAUGUCAUACUGACUGAGAGCUAUAAAUAACUGCCAAAACAAAAAGAAAUAAUAAUAAUUGUAUGCGUUGAUUUGAGCCAACAGGAACACUGUGUACGGUGGAGUGAGGUGGGAUAAGAGACAAGUUUAUAGAUACAUAUGUAUGUAUUUUUGUGUAAACUAUAACGCAACACAGAGACACACCGGUAAAUGCCGGCAUGUAACCUUGAAACACGCAACAACUAUCAAAGUUUGUACCACAUUGCACCCAAAAUACGAGUGUCAACUUUGCAUGCGAAAACGAAUCGGCAGCGCAGUUGUUGGGGCGUGUGUUUGAAACUCCAAUCGCCGUGUGGUCGUGAUUCACGACACUUCAAUUGAUACAUACUCUCGAGCGUAGCUGGAGCAAUAAUAUUUGUGUCACCAUAAUUUUUUGCGUCAUUUGAAAUUCAUUCAACACCUCACUGCAGCAUUUUUGGUGAAGUCACACCGAGAGCAACAGUUUUGAAUAUUAAAUACCCAUACACAUCAAAUAGCGAGCCGAUCACUAAACAAAGCAUUUGUGCGAAUUGAAAACGACAACAAUAAAAUGGCUAGCAAGUGCACCAUCACAUUUGACAACAACCCAAUGGGUGUUUACUAUGCCGGCCAAACGGUUUCCGGCGUGGCGGAGUUAAUAACAACAAGGCCGAAAACGAUUAGAUCUAUCUACAUCAGCGUCUGUGGUCACGCUGAAACCCGCUGGACGGAGAAUGUAACCAAACAAGAUACUGAGGGUAAACCGCAGAAGACCAUUGAAACGUUUUCCGGUUCCGAAUUGUAUUACAGCAGCGAGAAUCAUGUUUAUGGACAAAGUGGUGGCGUACAAAUCGAAUUGCCGGCCGGCAAGUAUGCAUUUCCCUUUCAGGCGACCAUACCACCGAAUGCACCCACAUCGUUUAACGGUUCGUGGGGUCAAGUGCAGCAUGAGGUCGCUUUGGUGAUCGAUCGUGUCAUGCGUUAUGACAAUAAAUUCAAGCAGGGCUAUACGGUGAUAUCACCAUAUGAUUUGAACCUGAAUCCGGACCAUAUGAAACCAUUUCAAAAGAUCGAAGAGAAGACAUUCUGUUGGAGUUUUUGUUGUGGCAACAAAGGACCAAUGGUUAUGCAUGUAAAGGUGCCGUUUUCCGCUUACGCACCUGGACAGAAGAUACGCUUCAACGUUGUGCUGGACAAUCAGUCAGAUGUGCACUGCUCCGAUGUCAAGGUGCGGUUAAUGAAGAAAGUCAACUUCACCAGCCGAAAUCCGGAAGCUAAACGGCAAGUUGUUGAAGUUAAAGUAGCAGAUAAUCACUGUGGUGAAGUGGUUAAAAACAAUAAAGCGGAAUUUAAUGAAUAUUUGCAAAUUCCCUCGACCACGCCCACUUCACUGGAGAACUGUAGUCUCAUUAAAGUGAGUUAUACUCUGAAGUUCAUAGCCAAAGUUUCACGCAUCCACGGAGAUUUGAUAAUCGAAUUUCCACUGACCAUCGGCACUGUGCCGUUAUAUGCUAGCGCCAACGACCAAGGUCCGGUUACAACGCAACCUGGCUCAGGGCCGAUCUACAAGCCACUACCACCACCUAUGUUCGAGGAGGAUGUACGUAGCGAACAAUUUGAAGAUAACACAUUCCGCCCACGUUAUCCUGUCUUUCUCAGCGAUGCUGGCAUACCUGCUGGUAAUGCUGGGCCAAAUAAUCAACCAUUACCACCAUCAAAUGGUAUAUAUCCUUCCAAUAUUGCUCCGGCGCCAGCUCCUGCAGCGCCAAUGCCUUCUACUCCGCAGCAUAACAAUUCUAUACCAGCUCACAAUUAUACGCCCUCACCAGCUGCUGCAUCUUCACCAGCUCCACCUACGCCAUCUGCACCAUCCUUAAAUAAUGCUACUGCGCGCCCCACAACAACCGCGGCCACUGGUGGUGGCAAUGUAGAGGUUCUAGGAUUCAGCUUGCCGCCGGACUAUGAGCCCACUCCGGCACCAGCACCAGGUUCUAAGCCUGGUAUUGGUUGGAAAUAAAUAUUGGAAUUUAUUUUGAAGAAUAACUUUUUGGUAUUACGCAAACAAACAGGCAUACAUAGAUGCAUAUGUACAUAUUCAUAUGUAAAGACUCCUAAUCGAUUUUUAAAAGUUUUAAAUGUUUAUAUUUAUAUAGAUGCAUGCAUAUGAAGCAAAAUUAUUGCAUUUUACAACAAAUACAUAUGUUUGUUUAAACAUAUUUACAUAUAUGAACAUUUUUGUAUAAUUUUAUAUUAAUUAUUAAAAGACGAAAAAAUAAUAAAAUAAAAUCUUUUUAUUACUUCCUACGACCACUUUACUGAAAAAGUCUGCAUACAGAGGAAAUAAUCUCUACAGCAUAUAUGUACGUAUGUCAAUAUGUAGCUUAUAUUGAAACAUUGAAAACGGAACAUCCGCUUCAUAAAAAUUAAAUUAAAUUGAAGUAAAUUGUAAGUCUCGCGAUUUGGUUGCGUUGCUGCUCUGAUCUAGCCGAUCGUUUUUCUUGCAAACGAUGUAUCUUUUUCAGUUUCACGUAAACUUGCGAGCAAUAAUAAUAUUUCACAUUAUCAGCUUAAUAAAUAUGAAAUAAAUA